GUGACACCGGAAGUAGUUACCCACCGCUACACAGCAACAAAAACAGACCACAUCCGGCGGAUACAUUUGAGAUGGGGUUAGAGAAUGUCCUGUAGCUCACUAGCUCUGUUUUCUGUGUCAUAAAAGUCACGUUCGAGGUUUGGUGAGUAGUAAUGCUGGCCCCUCCGCUCCCCGUCACCAUGCCUGCUCUACUGGAGAGACCAAAACUGUCCAACGCCAUGGCCAGAGCCUUACACAAACACAUCAUGAGGGAGAGAGAGCGCAAGAGACAAGAGGAGGAAGAAGUAGACAAAAUGAUGGAGCAGAAGAUGAAAGAGGAAGAAGAGCGGAAAAGGACAAAAGAGAUGGAGGAAAGAAUGUCACUGGAGGAAACAAAAGAACAGGUUCAGAAAAUGGGGGAGAAACUGCAGGGUUUGCAGGAGGAGAAACAUCAGCUCUUCCUGCAACUUAAAAAAGUCCUUCAUGAGGAGGAGAAGCGACGAAGGAAGGAACAAAGUGAUAUUACAACACUGACUUCAGCCAGUUACCAACCCAGUAUACCUCUGCACUCAGGACAGCACCUGCUCAGCUUGCAAGGCAGUCCUGUGAAUCACAGUAGGCCUGGGGGUCUGUUGGCAGAACGUGGUAAACAGUUGUUUCAGACACCUGCUAUCCCUGGCCGUCACUUCCCUGCUCAACCUGCUUUCACUUCAGGCUCUACUGAGCAUGCUCAGUUUUCAGCCAGCCCUGCAGUUCAUGAGGCGUAUGCAGUCACACAGACUCAGCACCCCUCCACCUACGGCCCAGCUGCAUCGGUCCCCAUCAGCUUCUCAGGAACGCAGAUCAGGGCUGGUGCUUCAGCUUUCCAGACCAUGCCCUACCUGUCCCAUCAGCCGCAGGGUUACGCUGUCCACAGUCACUUUGCUUCCCAGCCAGGAUUCCUUCCCAGUGCCACUAUACCCCUUCAGAAGCAGUUGGAACAUGCCAAUCAGCAGUCUGGUUUCACUGACUCGGGUGCCCUGAGACCCAUACAUGCACAGGCUCUACAUGCAAGUGCUGCAGGACUGCUGCCAGCACCUUCAUUGACUGUUCAAAUUCCUACUGCAAAGGCCCCAUUUCAGAGCUCUCCUCAGCCAGCUCCCCGUCACACUUUCCUCUCCCACCCACAAGCUGGACAGAGAUUCUAUCACCAUAGCAAGUAAUCAUAAGCAGAACAUGGUGUUUUGGUUUUGUUUUGGGUUUUUUUUUAACUCAUGUGGCCAGUAACCAAAAUGACCAUCACCCUGGGUUAGAAAGGGUCAAAUAAUGUUUGUAACUGUAGCGAUCUGAUUUGGAUGGUCUCUAAAAUGUAAAUACACUUCAUGUUGAUUUAUUUUGUGGCUUCUCUUAAAAAUAUUAUAUGGGGGAAAGGUUUCAUCGAUGAAUCACUAGGGUUGUUUUUUUUUUUUUUUUGUAUAAUGGAUACAUUUGUUGUCAGAACUGAUUUAAAGACAUUUGUUCAGACUGAAUAAAAUUACAUCUAAAACAUGAACAGUACACAAUUUUUGCAUAUCCUGUACAUACUUUCAUAUUGACAUGAUUGAUUGUUGUAAAUAGAUGUGUUGGAUGCCAACUGGAAACAUUUACAGGCAGAUGUUUUUACCACUGUAGAGGACCUUGUUUUUAAACCAAAAGUAUGUUUGACAACUGUGGCUAGAUUUUUAUUUGUACUAGAAGGUUCUUAGAUAACUGAGUAACUUUUGCUGUCACCUGGCCAAAAGCUGUUCAUUUUAGUCAAUACAAAAUCAUUGGCAACCCUGAGGAAAACUAGAAAAAGACGACAUCUUCGACAGUAAAAUACGUUGUGGCUUAUUCAUGAUUCAAGGGAGACUGCUCUGAAUAUUAAAUCUGCACAACAUUUCAAGAUUCUCAGUAAGACUGGUCUGUACGAGACAUCUCUGUGGUGCAAAAGUGUGCUUUUUUUUUUUUUUGGAGGGGGGGGUGCUGCUUACAAUUUAGCCUAACCUGUCUUUGGUGAAAUAGAUUGUACUAAAUUGUGCCUUGACCUCUGGCAAGGAAAAAGCCCCAAAGCAUCAAUUAUCAAUGAAUAUUCCAUAAAUAGUACUCCCUAGUUAACAUGAGGUAUGACAUGUAUUUGUUAGUCUUUUCAUAUCAAGCAUAACAAUUUGUGGAAAAGUUGUUUUAGGAUGUCUGCCAACCAGGCUUCUCAUCUCAUCUCAUUAUCUGUAGCCAAUUUAUCCUGUUCUACAGGGUCGCAGGCAAGCGGGAGCCUAUCCCAGCUGACUACGGGCGAAAGGCGGGGUACACCCUGGACAAGUCGCCAGGUCAUCACAGGGCCGACACAUAGACACAGACAACCAUUCACACUCACAUUCACACCUACGGUCAAUUUAGAGUCACCAGUUAACCUAACCUGCAUGUCUUUGGACUGU